GUUUAUGCGAAUUAGGCACAAACAACACGAAUCUUUUGCGGGUCGGGUUUGUUCGAUCCAGAUGUCUGGCUUCUCUAACCUCCGUAUCUCUCUCUGCAAAAAGCGUGAUUCAGAGUAAAUACAGAAAAAUAUAUCGUUUUUAUAAAUGGCAUUUUUUAGAACAUAUUAGCUUCGCUCAAAUAUCUCUGUCUCAAAAGACAAGUAGAUUCCUUUUUUUUACAGUAUCCAAUAAUUUGUAAUCAUAUAAAUAAUCGGUGAAAAAGAAGGAUUCUUUGUUUGUUUCCCGAGAAAAUAUCCUCGAUUUCCAUCUCCUAUCUGUCAUCGGAGCUUUCUACUUCCGAAGGAGUAAAGGAUCAAUCAAGAGUUUGAUCUUGUUAGAAUAGCCGAUAAUGGAAGGAGAUGUGUUGUCAGGAUUUGGAGACAGACACAAUAUGGAUGGGAAAUUGUUGCAGAGUUUCCAGAAGAGCUUUGUGGAUGUUCAAGACAUUUUGGACCAAAACCGAUUAUUGAUCAACGAGAUCAAUCAGAACCAUGAAUCGAAACAACCAGAUAACUUGGGUCGAAACGUGGGGUUGAUCAAAGAGCUCAACAACAAUAUCAGAAGAGUAGCUAGCCUUUAUGGUGAUCUCUCUCAUUCUUUUGCAAGAUCAGUGGAUGCUUCAUCAGAAGGUGAAUCUAGUGGAACUUUGAAAUCUGAUGGGAAAGCUAACCAGAAGAGAUUUAGAUCCGGUUAGUAUUGUAACCAAGAGGUCCAAGACCAUCAAAGUUGAUUAUCAUAGAUUCAUAUUCAGAUUCAGAGCUAAUUGAUUGAGGAGAAAGGAGAAAGGAGAGUUUUACAAAUGUAAUAUCUCUAUUGAAAUGAUUAAGAGUCUUUACAAGAAACUUGUUGUAAAGUUUACACAUUUCGGUUUAAGGAUUCUUCUGUUUUUCUUACCUUUGGUCUCCAGUGUUAUCAUUGCAUGUUUGUUUGUUGUUGUAUAGCCUGUGCGAGUUUUACAUGAGUGCAGUAUUUUGAACUCUAGACUAAGACGACACGUAUUCGAAUCCUGAAGUGUAA